AUGGCCUUCGGAGAACGCGGUGGACGAGGCGGCGGCCGUGGCGGUGGCCGUGGCGGAUUCGGCGGUCGCGGCGGUGGUCGCGGCGGAGGUGCUGGCGGACGCGGCGGAUCCUUCGGCGGACGCGGUGGCGGUCGUGGUGGAGCCGGUGGCCGUGGUGGACCCCGCGGUGGUGGUCGCGGCGGUGCCGGUGGCCGUGGUGGUGGCCGCGGCGGUGGCCGUGGAGGAAAGGCCGGUCUCGGCAAGAAGGGAGCUGGCGCCGUCACCAUCGAGCCCCACAGGCACGAGGGUGUCUACAUCGCCAAGGGCAAGGAGCACCUCCUCGUCACUCGCAACCUGACCCCCGGAGAGAGCGUCUACGGCGAGAAGCGCAUCUCGGUCGCUACCAUGAACGACGCUGGCGAGGAGGAGAAGGUCGAGUACCGUGUCUGGAACCCCUUCCGUUCCAAGCUUGCUGCUGGUAUCCUCGGUGGUCUCGACGCCAUCCACAUCAAGCCCGGAGCCAAGGUUCUCUACCUCGGUGCCGCCUCCGGCUCCUCCGUCUCUCACGUCGCGGACGUUGUCGGCCCCGAGGGCAUUGUGUACGCUGUCGAGUUCUCGCACCGCCCGGGCCGCGACCUGAUCGGCAUGGCUAAGAAGCGCACGAACGUGAUCCCCAUCGUCGAGGACGCCCGCCACCCGCAGAAGUACCGUAUGCUGGUGCAGAUGGUCGAUGUCAUCUUCGCCGACGUCGCGCAGCCCGACCAGGCGCGUAUCAUUGCGCUCAACGCGCACCACUUCCUCAAGCAGGGAGGCGCGAUCGUCAUCUCCAUCAAGGCCAACUGUAUCGACUCGACGGCGCCUGCCGCCCAGGUCUUUGCGUCCGAGGUCAACAACAUGCGCAAGGAGGGCAUCAAGCCCAAGGAGCAGCUCACCCUCGAGCCGUACGAGCGUGACCACGCCAUGGUCGUCGGCAUCUACGAGCGUCACUCGGGCAACUAG